UGCAGAGCGCUCUCUUCUCGCGAGAUCCCUCGACAAGAUGGCGGCGUGGACGAGUCGCUGAGAAGAGCGGCAGGUGGAAGGGAGUUUGAAGGCAGCUCGGAGUCCCUCAACCUGCGGGGUGUCCCGGGUGGGGGAAUGCAUUCAGGACGGGACUCGCCGCCGCGGCUCUGAACGCUCGAGCCUCCCGCAGCUACUGCGGCGCCCAGAUUCCCCUUCGGGGCCCCUCAGCGCCCGGGGCCGCCGCUGGCGAUGACCGGAGAGAAGCUGCGCUCGCUGCGCAGGGACCACAAGCCCAGCAAAGAGGACGGGGACCUACUGGCGCCCAGUGAAGAAGAGGCGGCGGCCGCGCCUGGCGGAGGCGCUUUUACCGGGGGCCGGCCGGGAAGCGGGAAAGGCGGCCGUGCCGGGAGUCACCGCAUCUUCACCAAUCACCACCGUCUGCCGCUCAAGGGAGGACCUGGGGGGUCCACCACCGGUCCAGAGCCCGACAAGUGCCCAGCGGCGCAGUUCCCCGUACACGAGUGUGUUUUCAAGGGAGACGUGAGACGGCUGUCGGCUCUAAUCCGCACGCAGGGCAUCGGUCAGAAGGACAGUCACGGAAACACUCCUUUACAUCUUGCUGUGAUGCUGGGACAUAAAGAAUGUGCCCACUUGCUUUUGGCCCACAAUGCUCCUGUGAAAGUGAAAAAUGCUCAGGGAUGGAGUCCUCUUGCAGAAGCCAUCAGCUAUGGAGAUAGACAAAUGAUUACAGCGCUCCUAAGAAAACUGAAACAACAGUCUAGGGAAAGUGUUGAAGAAAAGCGACCUCGAUUAUUAAAAGCCCUGAAAGAGCUAGGUGACUUCUAUCUUGAACUUCAUUGGGAUUUUCAAAGUUGGGUGCCUUUACUUUCCCGAAUCCUGCCUUCUGAUGCAUGUAAAAUAUACAAACAAGGUAUAAAUAUCAGGCUUGACACAACACUCAUAGAUUUUACUGACAUGAAGUGCCAACGAGGGGACUUGAGCUUCAUUUUCAGUGGUGAUGCUGCACCCUCUGAAUCCUUUGUAGUUUUAGACAAUGAACAAAAAGUUUACCAGCGAAUACAUCAUGAGGAAUCUGAGAUGGAAACGGAGGAAGAAGUUGACAUUUUGAUGAGCAGCGAUAUUUAUUCAGCAACAUUAUCAACCAAAUCAAUCACUUUCACACGUGCCCAAACAGGAUGGCUUUUCCGAGAAGAUAAAACAGAACGGGUAGGAAACUUUUUGGCAGACUUCUACCUGGUUAAUGGACUUGUGUUAGAAUCAAGGAAAAGACGGGAACAUCUCAGUGAAGAAGAUAUUCUUCGAAACAAGGCUAUUAUGGAAAGCUUGAGUAAAGGUGGAAACUUGAUGGAACAAAAUUUUGAGCCUGUCAGGAGGCAGUCUCUUACUCCACCUCCACCAAACACAAUUACAUGGGAGGAGUAUAUAUCUGCUGAAAAUGGAAAAGCACCUCAUUUGGGUAGGGAACUGGUCUGCAAAGAAAGCAAGAAAACAUUUAAAGCCACAAUAGCCAUGAGCCAAGAAUUCCCUCUAGGAAUUGAAUCGUUGUUGAAUGUUUUAGAAGUAAUUGCACCCUUCAAGCACUUUAACAAACUGCGGGAAUUCGUGCAGAUGAAACUUCCACCAGGUUUUCCUGUAAAGUUAGAUAUACCUGUUUUUCCAACCAUCACAGCCACUGUGACUUUUCAGGAGUUUCGCUAUGAUGAGUUUGAUGAAUCAAUUUUCACAGUUCCUGAUGACUACAAGGAGGACCCUAGCCGCUUUCCUGAUCUCUAACUUAACUGGAAAAUUAGCAGUAAAUAAAAUACCAGCAUGUACACAGUGAUAGAGAGAGAGUGGAUGCAGAUAAUCCACAGAUAUGUUUGAAAGUGGGUGAAAUAGGAAGGGAUAAAACUUGCUUAAAUGAAUUCAGAAAGGGAACACACAGUGAAUCUCAAACAGUUGUACCAUAUAGCAAGCAUCCAUCUAGUGUCUAAAUGAAAGCAGGUCUCCUGAUGUGUCAUGUGCAUUUAUACAUCCAGACCUGCACGCAUGACAGCCUGGCACUUCAAUGACUCUCCCCCUGCCCCCUGGAUACUUGCAUAGCAGCUAUAAGGACUGUCAUUUGUUUUUUACAUUUUUUAUGUUUCUUGGUAAUAAAAGCACUCUUGGACCAUUAGCAUAAAAAACUAAAAUGUCUUACCUGGCUAUUAGCCCUUUAAAACAAUCUUACUCGAGCUGCUCUUAUAACCUUCCUUCAAGCUUUUCUUUUCAUGUAUUGUAAAUUCUGUAAUAUUUGUUCAGUAAAUUGAACAUCAGUUGAGCAUAUAGUAGAAGGAAUUGAUUUUCUGUAGAUGAAUGAACCGAAUGGUAACCAUUUAAACAGUUGCAUUUACCUGUAUUGCAAUACUUUUCAGAACUAGAGCAUUCACGCUGCAGGGAAUAAGGUACCUCCUUUAGCACCUUAGUGCAAUUCAUUGUGGUGCUAUUCAUAUUUCCCCCCGAACUAGUCAUUUUUCCACUGAAAGUUGUUUACUAAUCAUAUAAAUCUGUAUUUCCCCCCCUCCCCUCGACAAAAGCUGGUCACAUAUAUCCUUAUUGUGUUCGUUGGAGAGCGUUCUUGGAGACUGUUGAUAAGCCCAUAGGCUGAAUCACUGACAUUCUUUGGGGUUUAUCAGAACCAUAAAAGCUGGCAAUCGAAUACACUAAACUUGUACUGAUAUCUAGCAGCAUUUGGGAAUAUAUUUCUAUAACAAUUACAUUACUAUAACAACAGUCUCGGUGCUUAAGGUUUAUUUCCCUAAGUGAAAAUAUAGGAGAAGCUAAUAAGACUUGUCAAUGGAUAAAAGGGGGAAAAAGUACAAGAGUAAUUAGGGUGUUUCCAGCAUGGGUAGCUUCAGAAAGGAUGUCAGGUUUUUCUUCAGGUGGGUUUUUAAAAAUUAGAAUCUUCACAUGGGUCCAGUGUAUGAAACUUGAAGAUAACAUAGCCUUUUUUCUUUACUGGAAAGAAUGUGUCCAAAACUAUCAGUACUAUGUUCAUUUGUAUUCUGAGGUUUAGCUUCCGGUGAUGUGUAAAUGUACAGAAAUGUAAAUAUUUUCAAAAGUAUAUUCUUUGUGCAGUCUAGUCAAUCUUUUUUCUGGAAACUGUUCAAGUCACUUUCAGACUUGAAGAAAGCCACCAGUGCUGGUGAUACCUGGAGUGUGAAAUGAGAUGAGUCAUGGUGCGCAAUAAAACCAGACUCAUGAACCACAUAAGCUUUGCCAGGAAAAAGGUUUUAAGCAUACUCCCAAGUGCUGUAACUUGGUACUCUUGUGAUGUGCAGAGAGGCAACUCCCAGAGAAAUCAUCCUCACAUUCUAUAACAGGAGCAAUGUUGGACCCAAUUCCAGAAAUACUGUAAAUUUGUUUAAAGCUCCAACCUUAAGUCAUGUUGACAGUGAAGACUUGGCAGUUCUCUGUGUGAGCAGUCUCUAUUGACUUGGUGUGUAUCAUUGUAGCUGCCAUAUUGUAGAAAGUAACAUUUCACUACCAAUAUCCAUUGUUGGGUAAUAUCUGCGCUCUCUAAAUAGUAAAUUAACUUUAAAUACAGAAACAUUUUCCCAGUAAGUUUUUUUUAAAAAAUCAGUGUUUUCUCCCCUUGUUCAUUUCUGGAGGAGACAUUGGAUUUGAAGGUGUAUGACACUUUGUGUUAUCAAUACUGGAAGUAUUUCAUAAAACUACUGAGGUGCUUAAAAGGCAUUUCACGAUGUUGUUCUCACAUGAGUGAAUGAUGAGCAGUAUGAAUUUGAUUAGGUGAUGGCUGCUAAACUGCGGAAAUAUUCAAUUGGUCAUCUCCUAUACAUUUAAAAUUAUAGUUGUCUCUGUUGAGAUCUGCAAAAUAAAUAUUAGCCCAUGAACUGUCAGACCAAUGUCUCGCAAAUGGCUCCUUUCACAAUGACUGAAAAACAAUUUGUGUGCUAUUACAACCCUGGCUUAGUAAAAUCUGUCUGUGGAGAAGGGCUUAGACUAGAUGGACACAAUGUAAGAAGUUCUGGACCAUGUUGGAGAAGUGAUCUCUGAGCAAUUCCAGUUUGUUGCACUCAUACUUUAAAGAUACAAUUUCUAUUGUAUCUCAUCCCAUUUUAAAAUUUAAAUGGACAGUUCCAGUAUAUACAUAUACACAAAGAUCUCUUGUAUACAUGAAGCUCCUGGUUUGUGAAUUUUGGGUAGCUUAUCCAUCCAUGCAAUAAGAACGUUGUUCUACUUUCCUUGAAAUAAACGUUAGACAUUCCAGGAAAAGGAGUUUCAUGCAUGCAGUAAUGUUCAAGAGCAAAUAGCUGGAUUAGGAAGUUUUACAUUUGAGAUUGUGAUACUUGGUUAAUAAAGAAGAGCAGACAUUAAGCAAAAUUGAUUAGCACUUUGUAGUUAAGCACUUACUUUUUCUGACAUCGCAAUGUCACAAUUAGGUAACAUCUGUUGGGCGUUAUUACUGUGUCCUGGAGAACAUCUGAAUCAUUCCCAAGGACUUUGGAUCUCAGAAGGGUGGUGGUAUGGGAUUAUGAAGAAACAUUCAUGCAAAAAAAAGUUAAGGUAUCACAUAAUGCAAGUAUCAGAAGAGGCCAGGUUAUAGGUUAAGUGCCUCUUGCAUGCUUAUAAGUCAUUGUUGGAGAUAACAUCUUUUGGGAAGCAAUAGUGUAAAAGAAUUGGUAUUCUGAAUAUUUUAGACAGAUGAAAUAAACUGACUUUUCCAAGAGGCUUCUGAAACUUUCCUGAAGUAUACCCUCUUAAAAACCAAGCAGUGUGUUGGCAGGCAUAAAUAUGGAAUCUUUUAAAAAUAAUUCCCAGAAUUCUUCCUUAACCAAACUCAGUUUUACUGGUCUUCCAAAUCAUUGCUUUAACUUGUGGCAAAGGGAAUAAUCUUUAUUUCCAAGCAGCUGAUGUUUCAGUCACCUUAUUUAAGUUUUAAACUGCAUCGAUGGAUACCUAGCAAUUUUUAUCAGAUAGUACAACUGUGGAUAUAAAUCUGUGCUGAAAACCCACCUUAUGUUGAAUCAUAAUAUGUUCGUCCAUUUUAAAUAUAUACUUGUUGAUUUUAUUCAUUAAAAGAUAAUUACAUUAUUUAAACUUUAUUAACAAACUUCCUAUAAUGCUGCAAUUUCUUUUGACAGAUUAUAAUUGUGGAAACUUAAUGUCAUUUUUGUAUAUUACUUUUAUGUGUUCUUUGUCUAAUCAAAACUCACCUUCACUAACAGUGUUUUUUGGUUAUGCCACUUAGAAUAAAGACCAAAAUAUGCUGUUUGCUUUUGAGACUAAGCGUAUGGACAUUUUCAGAAAUCUAUACUCUACCAUGCUUGGAUACUUCCUCCAUAUUAGAGGAAGGCUAAGAAAAAGGAUAUUACAGUGUACCACUUUCACAAGGACACUUUAUUGGUCAGUUUUUCAAUAAAAUCCUCAAUUUUCA